GGCUCUACGCCUGUGGGUAUAUUCCCGUCCAUAUUCUCCAGUUCUGUGUGCGGCGCUGUUGCUUGCAAGAGUCGCCUGCCAUGUAAAACAAAAGAAUAAUGACUUCCGCUCCUUUCAAAGCAUGUCAGCUUCGUAGUAAAACGUGUGUAGUGUGGAAAUGUUUACACUUCUUUGAGACUAAUAAAUGCAGCACUGGUAGUUGUAAAUGUUGGAGAACUGUCCGUUUCGCAUUGAAAGGUCAGGCAAAUGAGGACAUUUAGCUUGCUGGCAUCGAAUUUAGCAAGCUAGCUUGGCUAACUAAGGUUGCUUUGAGCGAACCUAACGUUAGGUUAGCUAAAACCCACGACUGGGAGCAUUCCGAGUUUUCGACACAGUUAGCUAGAGAUCUAACCAGAAUGUCAGCAUUAACCUUAUUUGUGCGAAAUUUACCCUCAUCGGCGUCCAGUGACCACUUGGAGGAAAUAUUCUCUGAAGUAGGACCAGUGAAGCACUGUUUCGUUGUCCGAAAUAAAGGCUCAGAAAAGUGCCGUGGUAUAGGCUACGUUACGUACUCUAUGGCAGAAGAUGCUCAACGAGCUCUCACAGAAAUCAACGACUACGACGGAAAGAAAAUAUCUGUGGUACAGGCAAAGAAAAAACUUGAUAAAGGAAAGAAAAACAAAGCUCUGCAAGAAACUCCGCAAGAGUGCCCAAAGGAACCACCAGAGAUCAAAAGUCAUGAAAAAUCUAAAGGCACGAGGAAGAAAAAGCUUAAGGCCAGACUUAUAAUUAGAAAUCUUAGUUUUAAAUGUUCUGAGGAUGAUCUCAAAAAAACAUUCUCAAAGUUUGGGACAGUCCUGGAUGUGAAGAUCCCUCUAAAACCAGAUGGAAAGAAACGAGGCUUUGCUUUCAUCCAGUUUAAAAACAUGCUUGAAGCAGGAAAAGCUCUUGCAGAAACAAACCUUAAAGAAAUUAAAGACAGGAAGGUUGCUGUAGACUGGGCGGUCCCUAAAGAUAAGUUUGUAGCAACUCAGUCAGGCUCCACCUCAGGACAUAAAGACAAAAACAUGAAGAAAUUUGAAGACUCCAGUGAAGAGCAUGAUGCUCCACAGGAACAGGCCAAAAAGCAGCAAGAUGAGAACAAGCACACAGAGUCUGAUACAAAGAACAUGCCAUCUGAUGAUGAUGAUGAUGAUGAUGAUUUUGGUGAUGAGGAUCUUGAUAAAGACAGUGAAAGUGAAGCGAAUGAAGAGCAUUAUGACUCUGAAUCUCAGGAAGCAGACAGUGAUGACAGAGAUGAGGAGGAGGAUGACGAUGAUGAUGAAAAAAGUGGUCAACUGAAGAAAAAGAGAAAGAAUGCCCUCCCUUCAGAUGUAAAUGAGGGAAGAACUGUUUUCAUAAGAAACCUGUCCUUUGACUCUGAGGAGGAGGGCAUAGAGGAGAUUCUGCUGCAGUUUGGUGAACUGAACUAUGUAAAGGUGGUGCUACAUCCCGAUACAGGACUCUCAAAAGGCUGUGCGUUUGCCCAGUUCAAAACUAAAGAAGCAGCGGAGAGAUGCCUAGCGGUGGCCCAGGACGAGUCUGAGACCGGCGGCUUGCGCGUUGAUGGCAGGAAGCUGAACAUGGUGCUGGCAGUGAGCAGAGAGGAUGCGUCCACACUGAAGAGCAAGGCGACGAAAACUCACAAAGGCUCCAGGAACCUCUACCUUGCCAGAGAGGGCUUGAUCCGUGCUGGAACCAAAGCAGCAGAAGGUGUCUCUGACUCCGAUAUGGCCAAGAGGGCGAGGUUUGAGGACCUGAAGAGGGCAAAGCUGAAGAAUGUGAACAUAUUUGUGUCUCAAACACGCCUGUGCAUCCAUAACCUGCCAAAGAGCGUAGACCGUCGCCAACUCUUGCAGCUCUGUACCUCUGCAGCAGGGGGAGGCAAGGGUGCCCGCAUCUCUGAGUGUCACGUCAUGUAUGACAGGAAGCCAGUGCGUGGUCAGGUGAUGGGCAAGUCGCUAGGUUAUGGAUUCGUGGAGUUUCAUCAGCACGAGCAUGCCCUUCAGGCCUUGCGUCACCUUAACAACAAUCCCACCAUCUUCACCCCCAGCAAGAGGCCCAUCGUGGAGUUCUCCUUGGAGGACAGCAGGAAGCUGAAACUGAAGGCUGCACGGCUUCAGAGGAGCAGGACCAAACCUGCCUCUGCCUCUGACUCUGGGAGUGAGAAGAAGCAAGUGGCCCAGUCUGGCGAGGGGGGCCAUGGGCUCGAAAAGCCUUGGCAGAAGGCUCCGGGAGCGGGUAGAGGUGCAGGCCGCCUGGCGGCCUUAGCAAAGACGGAUGGCAAGAAGAGCCAAGCAGCUCAAAGAGACCACUACUCAGGCUUCAGAACCACGCAUGAGGUGAAACACGUGGAGCUGGAUGACGGCAGAAAGCGGCAGAAGGUCCUCCCCAUGCCGUCCCACCGAGGCCCGAAGAUCAGGCAUCGGGAUAAAGGCUGCCUGCCCACCCAGUCCAAGAAAAUGAGCAAGGCGCCCAGCAGGAGGGUGAGGAAGGGGGCCCACUCUUUGGAGAAACCACAGCUAAACAAGAAACAGAGUGCCAAGCCAGUGAAGAGAAAGAUCCAGAACAAAGAUGAUGACCGCUUUGACUGCCUGGUUGAGCAGUACAAGAAGAAACUCCUGGGCAACUCCAGUACUAAGGGCUCGCUUGUCAAAAAGAACAAAUGGUUCAGCUGAUUCGGCUGUUUGCGUUUGGUUGCGUGUGGGCAUGCAUGUGAGCACAUGCCAGAGAAAGACUUUUGUUUAAUUGGUGUCUCUAGCAUGAGCUGUUUUAUGGGGGAUGAAAAAUGUACAUGUAUAUUGUUCUCCAUUUGUGGAGUUGUGGAACAGUCCUCCUCCCUUUUUUAUGCUGUCAGACAUAGUGGAAGCUACUUGUUUGAUCCAACUGUAGACAAUUAAACAGUUACACUUUUAAGAGAUUUUCAGCUGAUCUAGGUUGUGUGUAAGUAUUUGCAGGUAUAGCUGCAGUCUGUCCAAAGCCACAAGGCCCAGCAUGAUGUGAUUGUCCAACUGUGGACAAUUAAACAAAUCCACGCAAUAAGUCACUUUUGGUUAAAGAUGGCAAGUUUUAAUUUGCUUUAAUAACUAGUGCUGCACCUAGCCUGUGCCUGUUAAUGAACUGUUGAAGAAGGAAUAUGCUUAGGAUAGAAACUGAAACUUAUAGAAUUUAAUUAAAAAACAGACUAGUAUUACAUCACUGUUCCAAAUAAAUUUAAAACACAAUCACCAUGCCAGAGAAUUACAAAUUAGGGAAAAAGAUGGUGGCAGUCAAUAUUUGCUAUGCUGGUUAAAUGUGCCUCCCUCUGUGUUCUAAACAGUCUGGUAGCUAAUAGACUGCUGUUGUUUAACUAUGGGUUUCUGAGUUUUAAAACACCACGGGGGAAAAAUGGUCUUAGCAUCUGUAACAUUUCUUAGUGGUGUUUGCUACUGAAAGGUCUUGUGUUAUAGUUCAUGAAUAUGAUGAUGUGCC